AUGUUGGCCAGUCGGAAUGGCUUGCAUGCCAGUACGAGCUUACAUUCGCAUAUCGGAUCAGCGCCAUUAUACCUUGCACCCACAACAAAGUUAACAAUUCUGCCUUUUCCUCCGAUGGUAGACCCUUCAAAGAGACAGCCGCCUCAUCAUCUAACUGGAUCGGUAACAUCGAUCAAAGUAGAAGGUCCUUUAGGCACAGUCAUUGUUCCUUUACGAGACUUUGUUAAAUUGAACUGGGAGGAAGCCAACAAGCUGGUAGGAUCAAAGAAGAAACAACAAACAACAAAUAGCACACAACAAAAAGCAGGAGAAGAAGCCGAACCACGAAAAUUAACUUUAAGCGUAGAUGAUGCAACGAUCAAAAUUCAAAGAGGUACUUGGGGUUUAACUCGUGCAAUUCUAGCAAACGCAAUUGAAGGCGUUCAAGAAGGUCACACGAUCAAAAUUCGAAUGGUUGGUGUUGGUUAUCGUGCAGCCGUUGAUGAUGAUCCAUUUCCACGUUUGGAUAAAUUUGAAGAAGCAUUUGCACAAUUAUCAGAAAAAUAUUCAAUCGUUGGGGAUGAAGAACAAAGGAAUUUUUAUCUUCGAGCGAUCUCAAAAUCUAAUGACAAUCUGCGAAAAAAGCAAAGAUUAUCGCUUCGUUUGGGUUAUUCACAUCCAGUCUUUUUGCCAGUCCCACGUGGAAUUUCAUGUACAACGCCUCAACCAACACAAAUCGUACUCAAAGGAGCAGAUAAAGAAGCAUUGGGAUUAUUCGCUGCCAAUAUUCGUAAAUUGCGUCCACCAGAGCCAUACAAGGGUAAAGGUGUAUUCGUUGGGGAUGAAACGAUUAAGCUUAAAGCUGCAAGGAAGAAAUAG